AUGGCCGCCCCACAACCAGAGGUUGUGGGGCGGCCAUGGGGCACGGAUACUGUCCUCUUUUGUACCAGUUGUGGGAGUAUACUGGAUCGGCAUUCUCCUGAAAAAACGACGAUCACUUGUAAUGUUUGCCAUAGCCUGAAUAAAAAUAACUGGCCCACCUCUGUUACAACUAAAUCCAAACCUGAUGCUUUCCCGUCGGCUCUCCUGCAAAAGCGGAGUGUGGUAAAUCAAACGAUGAAUUUGGAAGAUGCACAAACUUGGCCGUCGACGUCUCAAUCAUGCCCCUCCUGUAAUAAUCCGACGAUGUGGUUCAAAGACGUUCAAUUACGUAGUGCAGACGAAGGGACCACAAUCUUUUACCAUUGUCCCAGAUGCAAUCACAGGUAUGAAAGACUGCAAAUCUCCCUUAAGCUAUAA